CAUGUGUCUAGCAUGGAAUUUUUUUCCAAGUCGCUACUGUUUCAUCCUUUUGAGGCUGAGCUGUAAGUUAUUUAUAUUGAUUAAUGAGGCUAUGGACAUGGAAACUGCUUAUACUUUUUGCGGCCCUCUUCUGUGAAAAACUAUUUCUUGGGACAGCAAUGCUGCUAUUUGCUGUGUCAAUGAGGUCUAAUUUCUGACUUAUAGUUCUACGGCUUUUAGACUAUCAGGGAGAUGAGAGAGAAUUACAUGAAGAAACUGGCUAUGCUAAGGGGAUCCCAUGCAAAAGAAUGGGAGGAUUUUCUUAAAUUUGAUGCACAAAGAUGCCAGCAACAGGCACGACAGCAAAUGCCUCCUUCAGGUUUUGGUGCUUAUAAACAGCACGUGUAUUCGGAAUAUGAUGGAUCGUCAGUCAAUCCUCAUUACACAGGAACCAAUAUACCUAUGGAUUCAAGGGCUAGGUACCCAACCCCUAUGGAAAAUUAUUCUUCAAGGCCUCAUGACCCUUAUGGUGAGUUCCAGCAUCAGAGGCGUGAAGAUUUUGGGAAAGCUUACAAUCAGUACUAGAUCAGUGAAAUGGAAUUUUGGGUCCACCAGAUUUUUGUCAGGUAUGGUGUAUUGCACAGGGGAGCUAUGAUCUAGGUAAAGCAUGUUUGGUUAUUGUAUUCAGCCAGUGUAUGAAGGGAACACUUGGCUAAUGUUACUGAAGUUUGUUCCAGUUUUAAACUUUUAAGUGCAGAUCUGUCCAGUACAUUUUUAUCGUAAGGAAGCCAUAUGCGGUUUUGGUUUUUAAGUUUGGCUGGUAAUCAUUUGGACCAACCUUUUCUGAUUGAUU